AUGCUGGAUAACGGCAGUGUGACAACAAACUAUAAAUUCAAUAAAGGCUUUUUCAACCACUCAGAGAUAGAGUUGCUAUAUUGUGGCAUUUUAUUAAGUCAGUUGCUCAGAGUUAGGUCGAGAGAAAGAAACUCCCUUAUCCAUUAGCUUAAAUUGCUCGUAUCAACAUACUUUGGCGACCCCAUUACGCACACCCACGCCCCAUAGCCCGCCCCUCUUUUAGACACCGCUCCGGAUCAAUAUUGUUCCUAUCCCUUAUCGCAUGGGUCAGUUUAGACAAGGCGCCAGGCGGUCAGUUGAGGUCAAGGUCAACCUCACUACUACCUAUUGCCCCACCAUAUAUUUGGUUCGUUAUAAGCCGCCAUGGACAAACUUCCACCGGAAAUACUCAGAGGGAUUCUUGGGUCCUUGAUUGCUUUGAAUCCAAGCUCUAAAAAUGAUAUACUGAAAUUCCGCUUGGUGUGCAAGGUCUUCAACGAGUUGCUUCGGGAGGACCUUCUCAAGACCGUUCAGCUAGAUUUCUCCCGCCUUGAAAGGAAUGGAAAGCCUCUAGACUUGAAAUACCUUGCAGGAGCUGCAGAUUACUGCGAUGCCAUCUAUGUCGAUCUCACGAUUAUACGUGACGACGAUGAAAUCCUACGCCUCGAAAAUGCAUUUGGGACCAUCGUGGACAAAUUUCCCGAGAUGAAUGACGUCUUUGACUCCCUCCGUCGAUACUGUAUGGGCCCAGCAUCGUUCGAUGAAAGCGACUUUAAGAAUGCAGUGGCCACAAUGCUUGAAACAGCAACUAAAGCAAGCUGCUUUAAACUCAAUCUGCCAUUCCAAUUUGUGGGCCAAGCAAGUCGAUCAGGCACCAUGCUUUUUGCAACAGCUGCUGAGUGCCUUGCCAACCGCUCAGAAGAGGCAGCUGCUAUUGAAACCUUGGUGCUGAGCCACUUGUCCGAUACGACCCUACUCGAUGUGUACCAGAAUCCCAUUGAUUUGCACAACGCCAUCAAGGUAUUCAAUCCUUUAAAGCACCUUGUCCUCUCUCUUAAGCGCCAAGAAAGCAGCGGCAACAACCAGAAUAGGUUUUCAGCAGCUCUUUGGAGGCUUAUUACUGAGGCGACCAAUUUGGAGAGCCUCUGUAUCAUUGGCUGGAAUAGCAAAAGGACAACUGCAGUCCGUCAGCAUGAAUUGGGCUUUCAAGGAGAUUUGCAGAGUUGGCGAAUGCAAUCUUUGCCAUAUCACGAUAUCAAUGAAGGCAGUAACCUCGGCAAUCUCCACUAUCUAGAACUAAACCGCGUCGAUGUUGAGGCAGAUUCCCUCCUUAAUAUGGUUAGGAAAUGCGCUUUUUCUCUCAAGGAGCUUUAUUUGAACGAAGUCUACCUGAAGGUCAGGAAUGGGGAUGCCAUCCCACUAUGGAUCGGACUUGGACCUGAAAUUUCUAAGCCUCAUGGCGCAAAAUGGAUUGCCGAAGAACUCCAGGGAAUGCGGGGCCUGGAAUUGUCUAUUUUACGUGCAACCGCACUGGGUUAUGAUGAGUAUUCGGCGGGGCCAGAUUUUGUCAACCCCGUGCAAUUUGAUCUUGAUGACCCAUCUGGAAGAAAGCGCUCAUUUGAUGAUCGCUUCGUCGAGGCGGCACUUGGCCAGAAUCCAUCUUCAUCUACCAUAUCUAGACCAAAGGCGGAAUAUGAUGUUGACAGCUUCCAACACGGCCACAACACCACCUCGCACUGGAGGAGCAGCAUUGAUGGUGUCUUUUACAACCACAACGACACAGCACUGGACGAGCUGAAGAAAAUACUUUCGGUUGUGGAACGCGGCAUGAGCCUGCUGACUGCCGAAAUUGAUCGGAUCAAUACCGCCAUACGUUUUGAACCUAUCGCCACACCUACCGCCACCUAGGUUGUCCCACGCGAGAUGAGGCGACUGCGUUUUACACCGGCGCACAAAUAUCAAUGACGGCAAACCAUCCCAUUAACUAUUCUUACGAAAACUGGGAGUGGAUUAUCGGAUGAAGCCUUGGAAAGGAGGCUGGCUGGAAGUGAUGAAAAGGGAAUCUGUUUAAAAGGCGUUUAUCAAAUUUGGAAUACGUAUACCCAGGUUGCUAUGAGGCAAUAGCCAGCACGUUCCUAUAAAAAUAGUAUCGUUAGAAGGGAAUUCAAGAUUUUUUUUUUUUUUUGCCUUGGUCUCUGGGAAGUAAUCAAUCCCGCGUUCGCUUCUACAUGGGG